AUUGUGAAAGCCUUGCAGUGUAUGGUUAGAGCAGCCUGUACGGCAGACAGGGAUAGUCGGGUGGAGUGAAGCAGACAUUGGUUCCCCCCGCGGUGUGAGUUGGUUGCUCCCAGCUGGUCCCCGCUCCUGCGCGCUGCUAACAUGGCGCCGGGUCCGAUACAGCGAGUCCCGAGACACUGACUGCCGGCCUGAGACUGGUACAUGGGGCACGAGAGCGGGCUGAUCGCAGGAGCAGGAACUCAGCGACCGUUACUGCCAUUAACGGAUAAUUACCGGCUAACAGCUAACGGUACGGGCACAUGGUUACAUUAUUAGUGAGAAACAGGCCUCAACCACCUGGGACUGAGAGAGAGAGACAGACAGCCUGGGACUGAGAGAGACAGACAGAGACAGCCUGGGACUGAGACAGAGAGACAGCCUGGGACUGAGAGAGACAGACAGCCUGGGACUGAGAGAGACAGACAGAGAGACAGCCUGGGACUGAGAGAGACAGACAGAGACAGCCUGGGACUGAGACAGAGACAGCCUGGGACUGAGACAGAGAGACAGCCUGGGACUGAGAGAGACAGACAGCCUGGGACUGAGAGAGACAGACAGAGAGACAGCCUGGGACUGAGAGAGACAGACAGAGACAGCCUGGGACUGAGACAGAGAGACAGCCUGGGACUGAGACAGAGAGACAGCCUGGGACUGAGAGAGAGAGACAGCCUGGGACAGAGAGAGAGAGACAGCCUGGGACAGAGAGAGAGAGACAGCCUGGGGGACUGAGAGAGAGAGAGAGAGAGGGAGUGAGAGAGAGAGAGAGACAGAGAGAGACAGCCUGGGAGAGAGAGUGAGAGAGAGAGAGACAGCCUGGGACAGAGAGUGAGAGAGAGAGAGACAGCCUGGGACAGAGAGUGAGAGAGAGAGAGACAGCCUGGGACAGAGAGUGAGAGAGAGAGAGACAGCCUGGGACAGAGAGAGAGAGAGAGCACAGCCUGGGACUGAGAGAGAGAGCACAGCCUGGGACUGAGAGAGAGAGCACAGCCUGGGACUGAGAGAGAGAGCACAGCCUGGGACUGAGAGAGAGAGCACAGCCUGGGACAGAGAGAGAGAGAGAGAGACAGACAGACAGCCUGGGACAGAGAGAGAGAGAGAGACAGACAGCCUGGGACAGAGAGAGAGAGAGAGACAGACAGCCUGGGACAGAGAGAGAGAGAGACAGACAGCCUGGGACAGAGAGAGAGCACAGCCUGGGACUGAGAGAGAGAGAGAGAGAGAGAGCGCACAGCCUGGGACUGUGAGAGAGAGAGAGAGAGAGAGAGAGAGAGAGAGAGAGAGAGAGUGAGUAGCAUGGUAUCUUGAGAAUAUGGGAGGGCAAGAGACACUUUGCACUAAGGGGGUGAGGGAGCUGGGGCAAACAGUCCAGGCACAAGGGGCACAGCCUGUACCUAGUAAGACUAGAAAGCUUGUAGUCGGUGCUUUAUUGGUGUGACACCAAGUAAACCAUUACAUGAGCAGUUUAGUAUUAUGAGAGAUUUAAAAAAAAAAAAAAAAAAUCAACAAUCUGGCCCUGAGGGCUGAAGAAUGAACAAGAGCAGGCUGGCACCCAGACAUAAUGGUUGAGAUAGCAAAGUCUAUUACUAAGAUCCCAGAGAUGUGAAAUCAUGCAGUCUGGUGUUUAGACAGGGGUGUGUUGUUUUUUUUUUUUUUACUAAAUCUACUUGUCCAACAUUGCAAUCUAAUUACCCUUAAACACAAAAUACUUUCAGAUAAAAAAAAAAACACCUUGCGAUAGACACGUUUAUUCACUAAACUAUGAAUUUGGUGGUCCUUGGGGUGUGAAAAGUCCAUGGUAGUCCAGUGUGGGUGCUUGUGGUAAACGCUUCCUUGCAGUCCGGUGCUCAAAGUCAUCAGAGAGUGCCAGACCAUACUGUGAUUACUGUGGUCUGACCCAAUCAAUACCCACCCUCCCCAUGUAGCAUGAAUUAUAAGUCUCAAGCUUUGCGCGAUAUGAAUUCCACAUGACUGCUGUGAGUAUGGAAUAAAUGGAGCUUGACAUGGUACAGAGAGUUCAGUUAAAAAGACACCGGAUCUUUGGAAGGAGAGAAAAACCUCAUGGGUGACAAAGAGCAACAUGUCAGAGAACAGUGUGCAAGGACUGAGAAUAGAGUGUAAACCGCCUAGCACAGCAGAUCGUCAUAAUGGCUUUUAGAGUUUUAAUGUCCUGUCCCUAACUACGAAACAAAAAAACAAAAAAACUAAAAAUACAUUAUUGAUUAAUCUAACUCUAAAACAUUUGGCCUGAAACCCAUUGGGAACAGCAUUAAUUUGAGAUGGUUUUGAUCUGCGUAACCUAGUGCUGAGGGUCCAAGGAGAUGGUAUUACAGCUGAUUAUGGAAUGGCGAGAGAGCCUUCUUGAUUGGGAUACCUGCCAUAAUAAACUUGUGGCCUUACUUGCCCUGUUGCUAAUUGUCUAGCACAGUGUUUCUCAACCAGGCAUAUCUAUAUCAUUUGGGGUAUGGAAUCAAAACAAUGGGCCUAUGGAACUUAACUCUGAACAAUUUAAAAAGACCAAUAAAAAAAAAAAAAAAAAACUAAUCAGCCACAACAUUAAAACCACUGACAGGUGACGUGAAUAACAUUGAUAUUGUUACAACGGCACCUAUCAAGGGCUGGGAUUUAUUAGGCAGCAGGUGAACAGUCCGUUCUCGAAUUUAAUGUGUUGGUAGCAGGAAAAAAAGGCCAACAAAAAGAUCUAAAUUAUUUAACAAGGUUAUAAAUAGUUAUGACUAGAGAUCUGGGUGUAAGCAUCUCAAAGGUAAGUCCUAUAUGCAGUGGUUAGUACCUACCAAAAGUGGUGCAGCUUAAAAGCAGUCUUGAUAGUUUGAAAAUGAUAGUCACUUGUUCCAUAUUCUUGUAACAUGCGUUCACAAUAUAAAUGGUUUGGCGGGGUGGAGGGGGAAAUGUCACAGGACAUGUUCAUAGAUCUUGUAGAGUCCAUGUCUCAACGCAUCCAAGCUGUUUUGGCAGCAAGUGGGGGACCUACAUAUUAGGCCAGUGAUUUUAAUGGUAUAGCUGAUCAGUGUAUGUUUAAAUUUUAGAUGAUUAAUUGUCACAGUUGUCAACACAAAAGUGGAUGACAAGUCCUCUAAACAACUAGUACUUAACAUUGAUGGUUUUAUGUUUACCCACUUCCCUGCAUUGCCAGCUGAUAUGUUGAUGCUUUGUUUAAAAAAAAAAUGUUUUUAGAUUUCUUAUAAUUGCAAGAAUGACGUCUAUCAUUAAGCUAACAACGCUUUCUGGAGCGCAGGAGGAAUCUGCUCUUUGCUACCUGCUUCAAGUUGACGAAUUCCGCUUUCUCUUGGAUUGCGGCUGGGAUGAGAAUUUUUCCAUGGACAUUAUAGACUCCAUCAAGAAGUAAGUUUUCUUUUUUUGUUUGUAGGUGCUUUGCGUUUGCUAAUGUAGUUUUAUUGUGAGAACAACCUGUCCUUUUAAAGGUUUUCAGAAACUCAUUCCUGGAAAUGGACUAGAUCAGAACAUGCCAACGCUGAUACAGAGCCAAAAAUGUCUUAAGGACACUCUAAGCACCAAAUCAACUUUAGCUUAAUAAAGCAGUUUUGGUGUAUAGGUCAUGUUCCUGCAGUCUCACUGCUCCAUAAUCUGCUGUUUUAAAGGAGUUAAAUAAUUUUGCUCAUGCAGCUAUUUCCUCUAAGUUACAAUAGAUAAAAUAAAAUUAACUACAUACUCCGGUGCUUGUCAGGUCAUAAAUAACUAGUGUUAUUUUUUUAAUUUUGACAAUGACAACAAGCUUGUAGAGCCACAACAGCAUCUACAAGCAUUUUCAAGACAUUUCAAAGUGUGGCAGUUUGGUCUGCACAUUUUAUGUAUAAUCAUGAAAAUAACAGGCUAAUAAACAUUGCUCUGAUUUGGUUCAGCUAAGCCAGGCUAAUAAAUAUCGCUUAAAUACCAUAACAUGGUAGGGUAACUAAGUAUAUUAAAAGUUAGACGUAAGUUUGGUUAAACAUGCUAAAUUAACUACAGGCUGGGUUAAGACAUACUGUGUUCGCUGUGGUAUGGUUCCGCUAGGGCAGGCGUCUUGUCAUAUGCAUUGGUUAAACUGUCCGAGUGCUUAUCAUUAAGAUCAGGCUUAUAAUGCUCGCAGACUAGUGUGACCGGCUGAUCCAUUGCAGACAGAAACAUUAAUUCACCCUGCUAAACAUAGGUUUGUGCGUAAAAUUGAGUGGGUUUUACGGUAGGUGAAAUCACAUAUUGUGUAUCGAUAUACGGUUGUUAUGGGCUCGUUUAACUGUGUGGCGGAGGCCUCCUAAGAGGCACAUGGGGUAGUGUGUUAUUUUUAUUAGGGAGAAAAAAACAAUUUAGUUGGGUAUAUCCCCACUCUCCCAUUCAUCUCAUAUUACCGUAACAACCAGUAAAUGUGGUUGGUGACUGUUUUUUCUCACAGCUGUUGAAGUUGGAAGAGAUCAGUCUUCCUUCUGAUUACAUUACAAAGGCUUUGCAAAAUCUCCUAACAUGCUCACAAAACAGAUUAUGUACUUGUCACCAGGGAAGCAGCAAGAGAACAUCCAACAAUGCCUGAAACGCUAAGGUUAUCAGUCAUUAGUGUGACUGGGCAGGGGAUGCAUUGGUUGAGAGGCGAUAUGAUGUUUUAGGAUGCAGCAGAUCUUGGAAAAUGUCAUGACAAUUUUGUAGCGGCCAUUAUUUUCCAACUUCUGAAGAAAUCAGUUUAAGCCAUAAAUUCUAACUCUAUAUAUAUUUUUUAAUGUAAGUCUAUAGGAGAAAAUAAUGGGUAUCCAAUGUGCCAGGAGAACGUGGGCCAUUGAUGACUUACUAUGGAAACCCAGAUGUCUGGGAGCUGCUUUCCUCAUGAUUCAUUAAAGCCAAUGCUAAUCUUGUCUUCAUUUCCCAUCUUUUCUUUAUGUUACCCUUUCACCUUAGUUUGUUAAUAAAGUUCAACUUGUAAUUGUAUUGUGCAAUACAGGUAUAUCACACCAGUGGUGAGAUAUUAUAUUUUGUAUUUUGGUUUAUAUCACACCAGAGAACUCCUUUCAGAUUUGUUCAGCAGCACAUUUACUAGCCAUCAUGUUGUUUUGUGAAAGCACAGAUUUAUUUUGGUUUUUUUUUUACCUCUGGCCCGUGCCACAAUCUCCGAUGGCUGGGAUUGCAAACCUAGUUAUUGUACUAAUCUGAUAAAUCUGUGAUAUUAAAACAUUUAUCAUUUUAUUGCCAGAUAUGUUCAUCAGGUGGAUGCUGUUCUCUUGUCUCACCCGGAUCCCUUGCACCUUGGGGCUCUUCCAUAUGCCGUUGGGAGAAUGGGUUUAAAUUGCGCCAUAUAUGCCACGAUUCCAGUGUACAAGAUGGGGCAAAUGUUUAUGUAUGAUAUGUACCAGGUAUGUUUGGAACUUUACUAAAUAUGAGCUUUAACACAAUUGAGUUUGUUGUAAAGCUUAGCAUUUUGUCUUAUUUUUUAUUUAUUUUUUUAGUCUCGGCAUAAUACUGAAGAUUUCAAUCUGUUUACUCUGGAUGAUGUGGACUGCGCAUUUGAUAAAAUACAGCAACUGAAAUUCUCCCAAAUUGUGCAUCUAAAAGGUAAAAAAUUCUUGGUUAUAUUAUGUUUUUUUCCAGAGGCCAAACAUUUUUCCUUUUCAACUCGGUUACUAAUAUGGUUUCUCUUUCCCAGGGAAAGGACAUGGUUUGUCCAUAACGCCUUUGCCAGCCGGGCACAUGAUCGGAGGGACCAUAUGGAAAAUUGUGAAAGAUGGAGAAGAAGAAAUUGUUUAUGCUGUAGAUUUCAAUCACAAGAGAGAGAUGUAUGAUACAUUCUUAUAUACUAUUGCUUAAACUGAGCUGGGCCAAAGAACUGUAGACAUUGUGUUCUCUAUAUUCAUUUUGGGUGUAGACAAGCUCAGUGGGUACUAGGUUAAUUUUCAAUGCCAUGUGGCACUUUCUGUCCAUAUUCCUUAGGUCCAAACAAUAUGAUGUCCUUGAAAAAGAAAAUCUAAAUGAUUUGAUCAUUUUCUCUCCCCUUUCUUUCUUUCUUUCUUUCUUUCAUAAAAUAACAGACAGGCGCCACAUGCCAUUAGUUCUCUCUUGAGGAACCACUUAUCCCUCACAGUACUGUGUGUGUGUGGGGGGGGGUUGGGGGAAUAAAAAACGAGCUUCACCAAACAGUGCUGUAAAAUGGGACAUUUAUCAGGGCCCUUUCCUUCCUUUUUCCCCUUGCCAUGAUUGAAUGUCAAGCAAUGCUGGGCUGAUUGUUUGCUUUCAUUUCAGACAUUUGAACGGCUGCUCCCUCGAGAUGAUCAAUAGACCUUCCCUCCUUAUCACAGACUGUUUUAAUGCCACCUAUGUACAGCCCAGGAGAAAACAGAGAGAUGAGCAGUUGUUAAGUAAGUAUCCUGAUAAUUUAUUUGCUUUAUUUAUAUAGUACUCUGUUUUAUAUUAAAACUCCGGCCUACUUAAUUUGGGUCUGAGGCACAACAUUCUCUAAACUAUUGAAUACUGACUUCAUAAAUGCAAAAAUUUUGAUAAUUUAAAGCCCAGUAAAACCUUUGCGAUAUGUGGGGCACAAAGUUUCCUCCCUCUAUUAAUAUGUGGAAACUAAAACCCUGGCAAGGUAGCUUAAGUUUAGCCAUGGCUGCAUGCAACAUGUUGCUGGAGGUAAGGUUUGUUACCACACCACACAGACCCUUGAUGCACAUGUUUGUAACCACACAUGUGACACUCACAUGUUGAUGCUAUUAUAUCUCAAGCUCUCUUAGAGGAGAGGAUAUCUAAUUUGUGAGACACUAUAUAAAAUACUUUACCCCUGUAAUAUACCAUAGGAUCAUGUAAAAAGUAUUUUGACGUUUCCUUUCUGCCAUUUCUAAAGGCAGAUGAGGCAUCAGUUAAGGGUUUUUGCGUUAAAUUUGCUCUCUUCAGGACUGUAACCACUACAGUUCAAACCACACUUCAAUAUUAUCAAUCUGAAUUGCAAAAUAAGCUGAGAUGUGGGUUCUCUGCACUUGAUAACGUGGAAGUGUAUUUUCCACAUUAUCAAUUCAGCUGUAAUGUAAUCUGGCUAUGGGUGCUAUGGAAAGCACAGAUUUGGCCAACAGCUUGUAAAUGGUUUGACAUAAACAAACAAACAGUGGAUGGUGCCCGUGAAUUUACAUAGUGGUGGUCUAACCACUAUAUUAGCAGCUGUUGCAUGGAGGAAGGUGCAUGGAGUACCUCUUUUUGCAUAUAUAGAAAAAGUGAGUGUAUUUAUAUGGGUAUAUUUAUGUACAUAAAUAUAUUUUUUUAUAUCAGAGUGAGUUUUGUUUACUGGCUAGCUUUAAAAUGUUUCUUAUCUUAAACAUGACUGCUCAUAAUUUGGUAAAUAAAUACUCACUAAAAUUUUGGACAAGUCUACACUGUUAUUCUACCCUGAACAAGUGAAGUAUAAUCAUUUUUUGCUGGCGAUAUGUUCUAUGCUAAUGAAACUACGUUGUGUUUUUGUAGCAAAUGUCCUGGAAACCCUACGAGGUGACGGGAAUGUCCUCAUUGCGGUGGAUACGGCUGGACGGGUACUGGAACUUGCACAGCUUCUAGACCAGAUUUGGAGAACCAAGGAUGCUGGCCUUGGGGUUUACUCUUUGGCGCUCCUAAAUAAUGUCAGCUACAAUGUAGUUGAGUUUUCCAAGUCUCAGGUGCGUUGAGCUCUAUUUUAAGUCACUGUCUCUCUCUCGCUCUCUCUCUCUCUCUCUCUCUCUCAUAUUUUAUUAUUUUUUUAUGUAUAUAUUUAUAUAUUUUUUUUGUUCAUUUACUCCUAAUAUGUCAUUAAUUACACUUUUUUGAUUACACUCUUUCUUCCUUGACCCCAUUCUGUCCAUUAAUAGUUGGCUUUAUAUGACUGUAUAUUUUUUUUCAGUCCGUUCACUAUGCUAAGAGUUGAUGGGUGAAGGAAUACUUUUGUUGAAACCCAAGUUUUUAAUUUGCUAUUCACUUCCAUUGGGAUUCUGCUGUGGUAUGUAGACAAAUAGUAGACAACUCCCUUCAAAUAGCUCCAUCUAGAGGGAAAAUAUGGGGUAGUAAGGCUUUCAACACCUUAUGGAACAAUAUUUGUCUCAAUGUGCUUCCUGAAACUCUAAGAAAAAAAAGAAAAUGCCACUACUCCCUCUUAAAACUCUUCAGUGCUAUCAGAGUUGAUUAUUUGUUGUGGUUCUCUGACAAUGAAUGAGUUAUAAAGCAACUUCUCUUCUAUACCUUCCCUCUGAAAGAACUGUGUUUUUUGUUUGUUUUUUUCCCCCCCAGGUUGAAUGGAUGAGUGACAAAUUGAUGAGAUGCUUCGAAGAUAAAAGGAACAAUCCAUUCCAGUUCCGUCACCUUACUUUAUGUCAUGGUUUUGCUGACCUUGCACGUGUUCCUAGCCCUAAAGUGGUCCUAGCAAGCCAACCUGAUCUGGAGUGCGGUUUUUCCAGGGAGCUCUUUAUUCAGUGGUGCCAGGACCCCAAAAACUCUGUCAUCCUCACCUACAGAACAACUCCAGGAACACUUACUCGCUUUCUUAUUGAUAACCCUUCAGAAAAGAUCAUAGAUAUGGAGGUAAUGUGUACACGUGGGGUCAGGCCAUACGUCUGUCUCGAAGCUGUAUUCUUUAAAGCUUUUUUCUAAACUAAUAAUUUUAUCAUUUUUGUAGUGAGAGUUGCAUGACCCACAUUUAUUCACCAAUCCCUGUGUUCAUUUUGUAAUCUAAUGGAUCACACAUAUAGCUAUGGCCCUUUUUGUCACAGCACGAAUUCUGUUUAACACAAUGCUAAAUACAGCCACCCAACAUCCAAUUUUAUUUUUUAAACCCACAAUCAAUCUUCUGUUUUCAAGUCUCUCUGAUUUUAUUUAUCCCCAGUUGCCAAAUAUACACAUAUUUGCAAAGUUUGUUUUGUUGGAAUGUUAUAAACUGUGACAUCUGUUUAGAUCUUCCUAUCUUCUCCAGUGUGACUGAUCUGUUUGCCUGGCCUGCCAGUUUUGAAAACCGGGAUAUCCUUUAUAAUAUUAUGACUUUGCACAUCACUGAUCCAAUGUGAGGAAUUGUAGAUGGUAUCACUCUACUAUAGGUCUCCGAAAGCAUUAAAGCAAAUGCCACAUAUUGUAGUAGCGAGGUUUUCAAAUAAUUAUUAAAUGAAGAAGCCAAGCUGUCCUAUUUAGGAUCUGUGUAUUAUUUAUUUUCAGCAACUCAAAGGAGAGUUCCAUCCUUAGAAUUGCACACAAAAUUUAGACAUUGGGCACAAUCUGUAAUAUUUGUUUGAACCCUUGGCUUCAGUUGUUUUUACUCGAGUUUUGCCUCCUGCUUCUUGGAUAUGUUCAAAACAAUCAGUGGGCUUAAGAGCAAAGAGGAAAAUUAUUGACACUUCCUCUAUUUAUUUAUUUCAGCUUAGAAAACGCGUGAAGCUUGAAGGAAAGGAACUGGAGGAGUAUUUGGAAAAAGAGAAACUGAAGAAGGAAGCUGCCAAAAAACUGGAGCAAUCUAAAGAGUUUAGUGCUUUAUCCUUUUUAAAUUUCAUUGAGUUCACCAAGGUCAAGGAUCUCCUACUCUAACCUUUGCUUUGUAUUGUUUCAUUAGAGCAGACAUUGAUUCCAGUGACGACAGUGAUACAGAGGAGGACAUUGACCAACCAACCUUACACAAGGCCAAACAUGACCUGAUGAUGAAGAGUGAAGGGAGCAGGAAGGGAAGCUUCUUCAAACAGGCAAAGAAAUCCUAUCCCAUGUUUCCUGCACCAGAAGAGAGAAUUAAAUGGGAUGAAUAUGGUGAAAUCAUAAAGUGAGGCUCAUUAAAAGCAUUUAGGUUCUGUGAAGAUGUGUGAAUGACAGGCAUCGUUGGUUUUAGUUGUCUAGAGGAGGUUGACAACGAUCACCAGUUUAUUGAGUAAAUUGAGUUGAGCAAUGAGAGAUGAUUUGACUUAACCUAGAACAUUUUCAAUGCCCACUAUCGUUCAAUGAAAUCAAAGUAAAAUAUAGCAAGAUGUACUGUGUUCUAUAAUAAACCCCUCGCAAACAACAUAAAUAUAUAAAGUCCUCUUUUAGAAAUGUUGCAUACACAUAUAUUACCCCAAAUUCUUCUUGACAAGGAAUGACUUUAUGCAUCACAAGUCAUUGACCACUAUGUGUAAUAGCCAAUUAGCAUGAUGUUAGUUGAUGACAUAUAAGAGUAACCAAAAUGUGCUAUGCAAAUGUUAACAAUUACACACCAAAAAAAGGAAAGAAAUGUUUAUGUAAUUUCAGCGUAACUCAGUUUGAGUGUUACGCUGAAGAAACGGCAGAGAAAAAUUUAAGAAUACUUUGGUAGGGUGUGUAAUUGUUCAAAUUUGCCCAGCACAUUUUGAUUACUAUUGUGUUUUAUUUUGUGUUUUUCUUCUAUAUAGAACACUAUACGUUUGCUGCAGGUUUACACUGUGCUGAGUAGUUAGAAAUGUCUACUGUUCCUAUUAAUUUGAAAUUGUCAGAUUUAGUUUGUUUGUGUGUGUUUGUUUUGUACAGGUAAGCUUGAAUGUUUAUUCCCUGCUUUCAAAAACAAACACUUAAUCCACUAAUUUAUAUGAGAUGUGCAUCUAGCUGUUCUCAUUUAUAUUGCUUUGUAUUGUCUUGAGAAUAAAAAUCGAACUUGCUUACAGAAAUCUAAAGAUAAUGACCGUUAAAAGGAGAAAUGCAGUUUAUUGGGCCAAUAGGAUGCACAUUAUAAUUUUGUAAUUUUAGAUCUUUGUGUUGUACUGAAUGUUAUAUUGGUUCUCUACUUUAUGUACUGAGAUUCAUCCAUUAGCAAGUGAACUACGUUUCCAUUUGUUAUUUGGUAUACAGGCAGCUCAUAGAGUCCAGCGAUAUUCCAUCAAUGUUGUUGUUGUUGUUUUUUCCCUUUAAUUAUUUAUUGAGUAAUCGAUCAAAAUACACCAUCUGCAUGAUGAUACCUUGCAAUGCAGUUUUAAUAUUUACAAAGCUCCUGUUCCAUUAGGCCAGAAGACUUCUUGGUUCCAGAGCUUCAAGCCACAGAAGAGGAAAAAAGCAAACUGGAAUCUGGCCUAGCCAAUGGUGAAGAACCAAUGGACCAAGACUUAUCUGAUGUUCCUACCAAAUGUGUCUCCACAACAGAACCGAUGGAAAUCAAGUAAGUUAAACUCAACCAUACACUUUUAAAUGACAAUGCAGUCUCUAGUAGAGGACAGGAAUUUGAUUCUUCUAAUAAUUGUAUAAAACAUUCAAGAGUACAUUUUAUGAUUAAGGGCAUUCUUUAAACCUAUCUUUAAAUGAAACCUGUUAUGCCCUAAAUUACUUAUGCUCUUUUGAAAGGUCAAUAGAGUUUAUCUUUACAUUGGCUAGCAGAUUUUCUCGAAAUGUAUAGAUUGGGAGAAACACGGUUAAAAAAUUGCUCUUGGGGGGCGUGGCCUGACCGGGUAUGGAGUGAGACGCAUCUCCUUGCAGCUCCUAGGCCCCAGCUCACUACCGCACCGAUAAACGAGCACGAAUUGACCCGAGAUGGGUAAGACAAAGAGGCUACUCACCCCUGGCCCCUCACAAACGGGCUCACCGAGCCGCACAGCGGGUCCCAUGGACGGGUACCUCGGAACGCCGCGAGACAUGCGGGCGCACCAGGCCGCGGCCAAAAUGGCGCCGCCCUCACCAGACGCCAGCAGCUCAGACAGCCCAGCAACAGGCCCAGCCAGAGAGGAGUCACUGACCCAAAUUGCAGCAGACCUGGCCACAAUAUCUGCAAACAUGAUGUCCAAGGCAGAUAAGACGGACCUGCUGGCUGAAAUUAGGGCAGUAAUCAGAGAGGAGGUCAUGGAGGUGAGGAGAGACCUGACAGCACUGGAACGCAGGGUGGAGGAACUAGAGGCAGAACGUGCCCAAAUAAUACAACACCGCCAAGCCACAGACACAGCCACUAUUAGACAAGGCAAUGUCCUGCUGGAGUUAAGAAGGAAUCUGGAAGAUUUGGACAACCGCGGACAGAGGAACAACAUCCGCGUCAGGGGACUCCCUGAAACAGCAGGGGAAGCACUACCAGAGCUCCUGCUGGGCCUGUUCACACACAUAUUAGGGGACAGAGCCCCAGCAGACUUUGGAAUAGAACGUGCACACAGAGCCCUGCGCCCCGUGUCCGCUGAGGGACCGCCUAGAGACGUAAUCUGCUACCUGCUCUCCUACUCGUUGAAGGACGAAAUCAUGAGGGAAGCAAGAAAUCAACAGAACCUCACCUACAUGGACGCCCAGAUUUCACUAUAUCAGAAUCUCUCAGUACUCACCCUGGAAGCGAGAAGGGCACUGAGACUGCUAACCACCCUGCUUAGAGAACGGCGGAUACAAUACAAAUGGGGAUUCCCCUUUAGCUUACAGGCAAAGGUGAGCAACAUAUGGCAUAUCAUAUGCUGGCCAGCUGACGUGCCACGCUUCCUCCGAGCCGCGAACCUCCCAGCAGUGGCAGUCCCAAAUUGGGUCCUGGAGAGACAGCCGCAACGCCCAAACGCUCCAAAUAUCAGGCCGGGUACGGGCCUUACAGGAACUGGGUUCCGCAGAGGCGGCCCGGAUAGCCAUGAAGAAUAGCAGAUUCAAGAGCCCUAGGGGGCAGCGACCGGCGCACCCACCGACGGAGGUAUACCCCAGUUUUCACACCCCCAUUCAACCCCAGAAACUACGCCGCAGUGAGACAGACCACCGGACCGCUCCCCCAAGGUUGAUGCGAAGAAACAACCUCCGUAAGCAGAAGCUGACACACCGCUGGGUAUGUACUUAUACCCCUACCCUGGGCCCGUAGCAGUUACGCACAAGUCAGAGUUGCUGGGACUUGAGACAAUGGAGGGCCACAUAUUUCUUGGGGUGGUGGGAUUUAUGGGGAUCGGGUACCACCCGGGGACGAUGAUGACAUGGAGGGGAUCCCCCCCAGAUUUAUACAGACUCGGGCUCUUGCCCAUAGAAUCCCCCCUUUUGGGUGGUUGGGGUAGAGGGGAGGCAUUGGCGGACUCCAACUACUUGAAUGGCACCCCAGGAUAAAGUCUGGACAGUCCCAUGAUGUCCCAGAGGGCCCCGGGACUCAAGCUCCGCCCAUCCCCCGAAGGGACUAGCGAGCCAACAGGCAGGAGAGGACACCACUUCCCCCAGCUGGAAUAGGGAGCAGAGGAGGGGGGUAUGGUUCCUUGGGAGGGGGGAGCGGGGAACGCCAGAGGCGGUGGUUUGGUAUUUACAGUUGUACUUGUUCUUGUUAUUGUUUAAGUUCACAUGCUCUAUACCACUCCUAGGGGGGCACACACCUACACAAGGGGGCUGGUAACACACCUGAACCCAUGAAGCCGGGGGGGCUAGGCCGGGGCGGGGACACCCGGGGAGGCCGGACCAGUUAGGUAGCUACAGGGCCCGAUUAUCGACUAGACACGCAUUACUCAGACCCUCAAGAACAGAGAGGAAAAUGGAUAAUGGGAGGGGGUACCCUCGUACUACUUCACCAUACCCACAGGGAAAAUUCCAAUUAAACCAAUACAGUGGGCUGGGUGCCGUGAGAGCAGUGCGAUUCAGACGACGGUUCACCCAAGAACGGACGACCCACGUACCUCACGUGACAGACUCACACUGUACAAACCCUCGGGGGCUACUCUGGUGACAUACCCCGAAGGGAAUAGACACUGGGAAGCGACUGACCCCGAGGCGAGUCGUAGUCACCUAGAUCCCGACCCACUAACCUGCCCUGACUUUGACUGGACUACCCUACUUCCCCCCCCCCGAACCUUACCCCGUGAUACUCUGACAUACCCAUACCCCUUCCCACGCACAGCUAGGGAUGGGCACUAACUAUGUGCCGGCACCGCUUAACCUGUGGUCGAACAACGUUAGAGGUCUAAACGUACCCGAGAAGCGGUCUCAGCUACUCAGUACUCUCUGGGCGGAACGCAUCUCGGUGGCGUUUUUGCAGGAAACGCAUCUUAAAGGCGUGGAGGCCCCCACCCUGAAAAACAGAAGGUUCCCCACAGGUUAUUACUCCAACCAUGCCGACCAAAAAAAAGCGGGGGUGGCGAUCCUCUUUUCACAUACUGUCCCGUUCGUAUGCACAGAGCAACGAAUAGAUCCAGGCGGUAGAUACUUAUUCAUUAAAGGAACCAUAGCACAACAGCUCUACACAUUCGCAUGCCUCUAUACACCGAACCGUAACCAACAUGUCUUCCUAAAUAAAACACUCACUUUGCUCAACAAGUUCAGAGAGGGCUUACUAAUUAUGGCAGGAGAUCUUAACAUUCCGUUAGACGCCAGAUUAGACACCUCAAGGGGAGAAAGCUCAAUACCAGGUCAUUGCAUACGCGCAGUCGGGAGAGCUCUGACAAGGAGUGGACUAGUGGAUUGCUGGAGGGCGGCGCAUCCCGAUGGCAGGGACUAUUCCUAUUUCUCAGCUGUACAUCAGAGAUACAGUCGGAUUGACUAUAUCUUUAUGGCACAGGAAGCCCUGACACUACUCCGCAAGGCUAGCAUAGGCCUGAUGGCGGAGUCCGAUCAUGCCCCGGUCUCAGUCCAGAUCCAAUCCCCACUACACAAACCAGCGGAAAGGCACUAAAUGAGAAUAUGUUGCUUAACCUGGGUGACACUGACCCGGUUAGGCAAACUCUAACACAAUACUUCGACACUAACACAACCUCCGAUGUCUCGCCCUUGACGGUGUGGGAAGCACAUAAGUGUGUAGUACGGGGACACUAUAUUAAGGUCUGUACACAACGGAAGAAAGAACAUACACGACAGCUGAUAACAUUAAACACUCAAAUAGCCAACCUAGAGCAAGCUCAUAAACAAAGUCAGGACGAGGACACGUUCCUCCAUCUAACAGCGCCCCGGAGACAGAGAAGGGACAUACUAGCUCAGGGUCUCCUACGCACCCUUAGAAAAUCGGCCCGGUUCUUUUUUGAGCACUCGGACAAAAGUGGCAGACUGCUAGCCCGCCAGCUCCGUGAUCGUCGGAUGGCGAGCCACAUACACAAAAUUAAGCCCAGUGACAAAGCUGAAACCCGAAUGCCGGAUGGAAUUCAGCGUGCGUUCGUAGACUACUACACGGACCUAUACAAUAUCCCCCAACCCAACACUGACGCUGCCCGCGCACGACAGACCCGCCAAAUUACUGAAUUCCUGGAACAAAAUAUAGAUAACAAGCUGACCGCGGAAAUGCGGGACGACCUAGACCAACCCCUCACCAUGGAGGAGCUGGCGGCAGCCCUAAAAAUCUCCAAAUCCCAUAAGGCCCCUGGACCUGACGGACUGCCCCUGAUGUACUUACGUACGUUCAGGGACAUCUUAUUACCAAAUCUCUUACUGGGCCUCAACUCCAUACUGGAGGGGGGGCGCUUUCCCCCAGACACGUUAGCAGCCAUAGUUACUGUAAUACCAAAAGAGGGCAAGGACCCGACGAAUUGCGCGAGCUACCGCCCCAUAUCGCUACUAAACGCAGACCUGAAACUAUUCGCAAAAGCCAUUGCCCUGAGAGUUGCAAAACACCUCCCCCACUUGGUACAUUCUGAUCAAGUGGGGUUUAUCCCGGGUAGGGAAGGGAGAGACAACACGAUUAAGGCCCUGAACAUCCUACACAUAGCACGAGCGCGCCGUAGAGAACUUCUACUACUUUCCACCGAUGCCGAAAAGGCUUUUGACAGGGUGAGCUGGGCGUAUCUGAGGAGUACCCUUACACACAUGGGAUUCGGCCCCAACAUGCUGGCCUGGGUGCUCUCACUGUACACGUGCCCCACUGCGAGGAUCCGCAUUAACGGGGCACUUUCAGCCCCUUUCCCAAUCAGGAAUGGCACCCGCCAGGGAUGCCCGCUCUCCCCCCUCCUGUUUGCCCUCUCCCUGGAACCAUUUCUGGGGGCGGUCAGACGGAAUGGGGGAAUCUCUGGAUUCGACCUUGGUCGUCACGAAUACCGGGUAGCCGCAUAUGCAGACGAUAUGCUGUUCUUUCUUACACAGCCGUUGAUCUCACUGCCCAACCUCCUAGCAUCUUUCCGAGAGUUUGGGGCACUCUCUAAUCUUAAACUUAAUACGGAAAAGUCCGAGGCUCUCCACCUCCCACCCCCUACAGGCCCCCCAACACACCUUCACACCCAAUACAAGUUUAAAUGGUGCGAAACUAAAUUAAAAUAUUUGGGCAUAUGGCUGACCAAGGACCCGUCCCAAUUAUACCACCAUAACUAUCACCCUCUCCUACUCUCACUUCAGACGGACCUUAAGAAAUGGACCCCAUAUUACAUCUCCUGGUUCGGACGUAUCAAUGCGAUUAAAAUGAACGUGUUACCCAGGAUACUCUACCUAUUCCAAACAGUGCCAAUUACUCUCCCCAGAGCCUUUUUUAGCUCUAUGACGACUGCCAUCCGCAGAUUCGUUUGGAACUCUCGCCCAACCCGAAUAAAAAAAUCAACCCUGGAACUACCAAAAUUGAUGGGGGGCACGGGACUGCCCUCCAUAGAGACAUAUUACCGCGCCGCCACCUGCACAGACUGACGGACUGGCACGCACAACACCCAUUAAAACAAUGGGUGACCAUUGAGCUAGAACAAACUGAUAGAAAAAUACCCUCUAGGCUUUGGCUACAUACUGCCACAUACGCCGACCUGCACACCGAGAACCCACUAAUCGACGCCACGCUCCGAGUGUGGAUAGCUAUACGCUACCGACUGCAACUCACAAGUUCUCCUAGCCCCUUGACACCCAUCACACAUAACCCAGACCUGGCCGAUGCUCUAACCCCACAAGACCUAGCCGGCCUCCAGCAGGCAGACUGGAUGUACCUGCACCAAUGGCUCGACACUCAGGGACAUAAACCACUCAGAAACCUCUGCCCAGAUAGACCACCGACGAUACUCGAACAAUUCAGAUACCACCAAGUUAAGACGUACUUCAUAUCCUUACAUGGUCGAGGACACCUGACUAGACCCCUCACCAGCUUUGAACACCUGUGCGUACACCGAACACACGUACACAGAGGUAUCUCCACUAUACAUACCAUACUCAAGACCCAAACUAACGAUGAUGUGGUGCUCAAAUUUAAAGAUCAUUGGGAGAGAGACUUGGGGGAAGUCCUUACUGUGCAAGACUGGGACAAGAUUUACACUCUCACACAUAAAUGCUCUAUCAGCUCCAAGUACCAGGAGCUGAACUACAAAAUUUUAACACGCUGGUACAGAACCCCAGACGUACUCAAUCGCAUGAACGUAGGUGCCCUGGACACCUGCUGGAGAUGCGGCUUGCAUACCGGCACGUACUUCCACAUCUGGUGGCAGUGCCCCGAGAUUACCACAUUCUGGGAGAGGAUCAGGGUAGAGAUAAACAGAAUCACAGGUGCGGAGCUAACCCUAGAACCCCUAACGAUGCUAUUACACCACACCCCCACACCCGUUAAGACAUAUAAGAAAUCCCUCUUGCUGCCACUACUCAACGCGGCAAAGGCCCUUAUCCCUGUGAUGUGGAAACAGAGGGGGGCGCCUACCCUCCAGCAAUGGGUGACAAGGGUGGAAGAGAUCCACUCAAUGGAGUCCUUAACUGCAGACCUCCACGGUAGACAGGAGCAAUGUGCACUGACCUGGUACCCUUGGGAAACAUACCUAGCCAACAGAUUAGCAAACCCAAACACGGCCCCCCAGAGGCCCGCAGUAAACCGACUCAUACAGAGCUAAGCCACCCGGCUACUCCUCCCUCCUAGGUCCCCUACCUCCUGACCCUUUCCCGAGACUGGACAUUGGACUGAACCCCAACGACCGACUCUGACGAGCUCGUAAAUGGGGCUUACCAAUACGCACACCCACUGUAAUCACAGGUGUAAAAUACACAGGAAACCGAGACCCAACCUAGAGCUGAUACCGGCAUGAAAAUAUCCCCUCCUGGCCUCCUAGACUGAUACCUAGAGUAUCCUCCCUUAUGACAAACUAUACCGAUAGGUAUACAAAUAUAUACACCAGCAACUGCCAACCCACAAUAGUGGGGAACUUAACCUAAACCAUCACACUUUGCUCUCACCCAGGCGACAAGAUGGCCUUGAAUGUUAAUAAGUGCUGAGUAGUCUGGGGAGGAGUUAAGGCACUAAAGAUACCUUUUCUCGCUAGCGUGGCCCUAUACCAUGCCCAACAAUAUAUAUAUAUAUAUACAUGUCAAGCGACACAAAGGUUCCUGACACGGUUGGUAUGAAACGUGAAAUGAGAAAUGUAGCGUGUCAGAAAACUUACCCCCCACAGCAUCCAAACUAGACACCGAUUCACGCCCUACACGUAGAGCGCACACCAUAGGUGCAACAAACUGCGCAUUGUAGGCUAGGGGGGAUACGAGACUAGAAACCUGACCUUAAAUAAUACUACCUAAUGCAUGUGAUGGAAACUAUAGAAAUAUUGUUUGAGAAAACUGUUUUGAGAAUGUUAAAACAAUGGUGACGAAUGUUGUUAAGCUAUUCAGAAAACUGAUGUUAAAAUUGACGUUAUACCGUUACUACAUCUUUCCUUGAAAAAAUGCUAAAACUUGAAAAUAAAUAUUGUCAAAAAAAAAAAAAAAUUGCUCUUUCUCCAAUCUCUCAGUCAAAUAUUUGGUAUAGACACUAUACCAAUGAUUUGACUGACAAGGAAGAGCAGAAAAGACCUCCCCACAGAGAACUUUUAGUAUAGCGUAAACUACAGAUUGUCACAGGAGAACUGCAAGAAAGCUAAGAAGUAAAAAAGACUCCAUCUACACCCCAUCUGUGACAUUAUGCCAAUCAGGCAGCUCAUUUGCAUAAGGUUCCAUGUAUUUGCAUACGGAAAUAUUUGAAACAGAGCAAAGAAGAUGCAUUUAAAUUGUGUAUCUUUUCAAUCUGUUCUGAGAGUCCAUUGUGCAGAUUUCAACCUACACUAUAAUACGCAUAUCAAUAUGAUACCAAUAUACAUACUCCUCAGACUGUGAAUGCAAAGCAUCCUGGUUACAUCUGUAAAUGUCAUUUCUCAGUACAGUUCUGAGCAAAUCUCUGCGUUGUGCUUUAUUAUAGAGCACGAGUGACGUACAUCGACUACGAGGGUCGCUCUGAUGGCGACUCAAUCAAAAAGAUUAUUAACCAGAUGAAGCCCCGCCAGCUGGUUAUUGUACACGGACCGCCAGAUGCCAGCCAAGACCUGGCUGAAGCGUGCAGAGCAUUUGGAGGCAAAGACAUUAAAGUGUACACCCCAAAACUGCAUGAAACAGUGGAUGCCACAAGUGAGACUCACAUAUACCAGGUAAUGAGAUCAAAUUGUUGCCAGCAGCUGAAUGUAGAUUGAAUUUAAAAAAAUUCUUAAGAGAUGGAGCCAACAAGUAAAUAUUAUCAAGUUUAGUGAUUAAAUUGGCAUUGCGAUGGCAUCUCAUUGCACAUGGGAGAUAUAAUCUUGGGAAGAUCCUGCAGUCCUUCCAUAGAAAACUGUUUUGUACUCUUGGGACAGGCAAGUAGAGUAGUAGCAAGGCAGGGUAAAGAUUUCACCAGCACUAGGCCAAGAAGAACAUGGCAGUGCUGGAAAGAUAGAGGUCUAGAAUAGUAUAUCUACCCUCAAACAAGUUAGCGGACAUGUCAGAGUCUCUGGAAGUGACAGUUCUACUUUAAAAAUUACUUCUUUAAUACGUGUAGUCGCCUUCUUGGAUGGGAAGGAAGAAAUCUUCAAGUAAGUACAUGUAUUAAUGUGUAUACGCUGGCCGCAAUUUUGUAGGCACAAUUUAUAUACCUGCCACAAGUGUCAUGAUUUUAGGUGGGCAUUUUCGUUUGUGUUUUUUGUUGGGGGUUUAUUUCAAAUGUGCUUGUAAAGUGAUUCCAUAGGAAUUGUUUACCUGUACAUCAAGGCUGACCCUUUAAACCCCUGCGGUAUAUAUAUAUUUUUUUUUGUCAAUGAGGUUUUUAUUUUGUUUUUCAAGUAAGAGGUAACGGUGAGACUCGCAGGUCUCUUUAGUCAUAUCUUUAUACGUCUCAUAGUAAAGAAGGCAUUGGUACAGAUUGUGCACAUUGUCAAUUUGACGAGAUUUAAACUGUCUUGAGACACGCAGGUCUCUUGCUUGUCACCAUUUUUGCGGCACCAGGCCCAAGGUAGGGAUCAAUCUUACGGAUGAGGUGUGGAGGCAUCAGAUAUUGUGUGUUGUGUCUGUUGGAUUGGUUUCUGCCCCUGUAUCUUAGGUUAGGUUUCCCGUUCUCAGGUGUUCGGGUGUGCGGUUUUGGCCCUGUUGGCAUUCAGUGGCGUGCAGUUGCUUUCUUCCCGUAUCCCUGUGUGUUGUGGUUCUGAGAGGCUAUAUGGAUUCGGGUUUGGUGGUGCUAUCCUGUGUACCUCCUGUUGGUGGUAUUCCAUUGGGCUUGUGUGUCCGUGUGUAUUGUUCUUGUUAGCUUGUGUGUAGUGUGGAGAAUGUGGUAUCAGGGUCGAGUUGUCUGGGGAGGGCAGGAGGGUGCCUCUCUGUCUGAAUUAUGUCUGUCCAUUUCGUCUCUUAGUUUAUCAGUCUAUGCAGCCUCGCCACCUCGUCUACGUGUCAUAUUUGAGUCUAUUUGUGAAUUCUGCCUUGGUAGUAGUCAGUAUACAGUGGGUCCAUAUUUCCAUAUACCUGUCUGGGGAGUUGGAUGUGUUCAUGAUGAGUUCCUCUAUGAGUUCUUCCAUUUGGGUGAACCAAGUUGUCAACGGGGCCGUUAUUGUUUGCUUCCAGAAUUGAGGGAUCACUUGUUUGGCAACAUUUAAGAUUCUAAUGGUUAGUAAGUGUUUGUAUCAUGAUCUAGGCGAUUUUGUGUGGUGUAGGAGCAUGUUUUCAAGGAGGAAGGGAGGUGGUGUGUCUGAGAAGGUUUUGAGGAAGCCUUGUAUGCCCCGCCAAAAGGGCCGUAUGGCCUCGCACUCCCACCAUAGGUGGAGCUCAGUGCCGGCCUCCUGGUUGCACCUUCAGCAGAGGUCUGUGUGUUCCGGGUCUAUGGCAUGGAGUAUGAUUGGGGUGCGGUACCAUUUCGUCAGCAGUUUGAACGCCGUUUCCUGCGUCCUGCUGAAGACUGAGCAGUGAUGCGUUAAGUAACAUAUCUUCUCCCAGUCUCCGUCAGUGAAAGUUUUCCCCAGUGUUUUUUCCAAUCUCCCUAUAAAUUUGGGUUUCUCCAUUUGCGGUCUCCCUCUGUAGCAUGGAGUAAAUGAGUGAGAUCCCGUGCGGUUGUGGGUCUGGGUCCAUACACAUUCCUUCGAAUGUGGUAAGGUCCCGUUUCCGUGCUGUGCCCCCCGGGAGAGUAUGAACGUAGUUCUGUAGCUGUCUGUGUUUUAGGUGGUGUAGGAGGGUGGGGGUUGAUCCCUCGAAUAGGGUCGGGAGUGUUUUGCAAUUAGUUUCGUCCAGGAGGUGGUGUAGUCUAGGUGUCUUGUGUCGGAGCAGCUCUCUGAAUGCGUUGGUGUCUAGUACCAGUGGGAAACUGUCAUUGUGCGUUGGGGGGAGCACGGGGGAUGGGAACGGCGCUGGUCCGCAUCUCUUUGCUACUCUCCCCCACUCACGUAGUGUUGCAUUUGUGUAGGAUGAGCCCUGUCCUCCGCUCCUCUGCCAUGGUAGAGUGGACAGCGGUUUUCCCGCUUGCGUUUCCUCUAUUUCUUUCCAUCCCUUGAACACUCUCUAUUUUGUCCACUCCAUAAUUCUUUGGAGGUGGCAGGAUUCAUAGUACAGGGUAAAGUCUGGCAUGGCUCCCCUGUCUUUGGGUAGCAUCAGUGCAGUCAUCCUAACUCUCUGUCUCCUGUUGUCCCAUACGUAUUUCCCCGUUGCUUGUCUCUGGGUCUGAAAAAAUGAUCUGGGGAUGGUUAUGGGUAGGGCUUGCAUGAGGUAUAGCAGGCGUGGGAGCAGGUUCAUUUUUAUUACCUGGAUCCUGCCUAGCCAUGAUAUGUGUGGGUACGCCCAAUCCAACAGGUCUUUCCGGAACCUGUCUAGCAGGGGGAUAACAUUUUCUCUGAAUAGGUCCUUUUCGCUCUUCGUCAACCAUUUGCCUAGGUACUGUAUCUUGUGUUGCGCCCAUUGGAAUGUGUGGCUCUGCUUCAAAGGGGUGGCUCUGUGUUCGGGUAUACUAACAUUCAAGAUAUAGGAUUUUGUGAAGUUGAUUUUAAGGUUGGAUAUCUCCACGAAGGUCCUAAAGGCCUUCAGGAUAUUCGGAAGUGAGAUGUCCGGGUUGGUGACGAAGAAAAGGAGGUCGUCAGCAUAUGCGCAACCUUGUGUUGCGUGUCUCCCUUUCCAAUACCCCUAAUAGCUGCGUAGUGUUGUAUGUAUGUCAGAAAGGGCUCGAGUGUCAGCACAAAGAGCAGGGGGGAUAGAAGUGGUGUAGGGUGCCUCGUGUGUCUCUCAUUUUGUCAAUGUAUGUCCUUUGUCUUUGUUUGACUAGCAUUCUGGUAAACAGUUUGCCUCUCUUGCCGUGGAGCUGGAAAAAAGCCUUGUGCCUAAUUACUUCUCUAUGGUGUUUCCUAUGUAAAAGGCCCGUCAGCUCCCGGCUUAGAUGUAGUAGUGUCGCCUGGUGCGUCGCCUGUUGUGUGCUUUUAAGUGCUUCUACCCUUUGUAUUUCCGUCACUAGUUCUGUCAGGCAGCUGUCGGUCUGCUUUUUAAGGAUGGUGCCCUGGCGGAUGAAGUGUCCGCGAAUUACGCUUUUGUGGGCCUCCCAUCUAAUGGUGGGCGAGAUUUGUUUGGCAGUGUUCGUCUCAAAGUAAUCUUUGAGCGCUUCCUUGAUAUCGGUUGUGAAGUCGGGUCUGGUUAGGAGAUAUUCAUUUAGUCUCCAUUUGUUGAACUGGGGUUUGUAUAGGGGGGGGGCGAGAGUGUCAGGAGUACCGGCGCGUGGUCUGACCAUGUCGCCACCCCGUGCUCUGCAUCGCGUGUUAUUGGUAGAUGAUAGUGUGAGGUAAAGAGGUAGUCCAGUCUAGUAUAUGUGUGGUGUGAGAAGAAGGUGUAGUCCUUCUCAUCUGGGUGGUAGGCCCUCCAGCAGUCUAUCAGUUUGUGACAAGUCAGAAGGGUUUUUAUUGAGUUCAGGUUUUGUGUCGAGACCCACGAGUGUCCGGAGGAGGUGUCCCACCGCUGAUUGAGUGCUACGUUGAAGUCUCCCCCCACAAUGAGGAUUCCCCCCGUGAAGAGCUGUAGUUUCUGAAGUGUGUGUGCCAGGAAUCUGUAUUGUCGGUUGUUUGGGGCGUAGAUGUUUGCGAAUAUAUAGACCUGUCCUGCAAUUGUGCCUUUGAGGAAAAGGAAUCUACCCUCCCUGUCUGUCAUCUGUCCUGUUUAUACAAAAGGUAUCUCUUUGUUAACUAGGAUGGCCGUGCCUCUUGACCUCCCUGCAUGGUAGUCGCUGUAAUAUCCCGUCGGGUGGUGAUGGUUAGUCAUUUUGGGCCUGGACCCUUCCUUAAAGUGUGUCUCUUGGAUUAAGACUAUCGAGGCUCGUUUGGCGUGGAAGUCUCUCAGCGCUCCUGAGCACCUCUCCGGUUUGUUGAGGCCUCUGGCGUUUAUGGAGAGGACAGUGAGGCAGUCCGGCACUAAUGCCCUUGUGUCCAUGUGCAGGGGUGGCCGCGUCAUUCGUUCUUCAGGUCUAGUCUGGGGUUCGUAGGGUGAAUGGGUCCGUUGGUUGUUGGUCGGGUGGGGGUUGUAGGGUGGGGAGGGUUAUGGGAUGUGUGUUUAUAUGUUCUCGUCACUAUAAAGUGACUGGGAGCAAUUAAGCCCGCGGCCACCUGUGGUCCGCGGUUUCUGCUCACCUUUCUUAGGUCGCUGUGCUCUGUGGGGUUGUAGAAGGAAGCCAAGGGACUCCAGGUGGUACCAGUCCUCCCCGUGUCUGCGUGUGUGUCGGUGGUUGGUGUGUAACUUUGUUGCGUGUCUCGGUCCAUCAGGUCCGUGUAGGUCCCCUGUCGGCUCUGUCUGUUGAGUUCGGGUCAUUAUUAAGAUCCUCAUCAGUGGAGAUCAUAUAUGUUGGGCUCCGGGUCGUAGGUCACAGUGCCGUCUCGGGUGCUUGUCGUGUGCACAUGCAUACAAAAAUUGUAUAACAGAACAGUUAAGCAAUUAAGCAAAUCUUUCCAAACAUUAAGCUGCAAUCCAGCUAGUAUUGUGCAGUUGCGUGCAUUAUAACUCGAUUAUGUUCAUAUCUGUGCGCAUGGCCAUCAUUCCUAUUUUCUUCCCCCUCCGGCUCCUGCGCCCUAGCCCUCAGUACGGGUCCCUCAUCACCUUUAGGGGGCUCCUCUCCUUCCUCUUCCAGCUCUCCUCUAUCCCCGUCGUGAGUCAGAUCUGUGUUUGAGCGAGCUGGUGGCAGCGGUCCGGUGUGAGUGGGCCUGGGGGGCCCUAUUCUACCCAGUGGGUCUCAGGCGGGUUUACCUGCGGGUCGGUGGCCCUGGCCUCCCUCCUAGAGCGCCUUCCCCUUCUUUUCCCCCUCCCGCUCGCUCUCCGUGUGUGAGUGAGUCCCCCCGGUGGGGGCCGCCCCCUGCUCGGCUGGGUCAUCACAGGGCAGCCAAGGCCCCAGCGGCGGAGCCCAGUCCUAAGUAAGUGCCGGGGCACAACCCCCUCGUGCCCUUCGGUCCAUCUACCCAUUGGUAUCGGUUGCGGUGUGUGUGCCAAGGGUGGGGUCGGUGCUUCCUGAGACCGGUCCCUAUUUGGCGGGUUUGUACACUGAGUUUAGGCAUGUACUGUCAGGACCCCCUCCUCACCGUGUUUUGCUGUGGUUGUCCAUCCUUUUUUAUAAGUAUAUUGAUUUAGAAUCAUACUCGGGUGAGUGCAGCAGCCCCUUUGGUAGAAGCUUGUUCCUGUAGUGUCGAUACACUUAGGUGUCUAGCUAGGCAGUUGGCUACCCCUGCUGUCUGCCUGUGAUAUCUUCCCCUUUCGUUAUUUAUUUUGAGUCUGCUUGCGUGCCCCUUUUGUGUGUGUCCCCAAUCCCCCCCCCCCUGAUUAUGGUAGCCAGGUGGACCCCCUCCCGUUCUCGCCCUCCCCCCUUUCUCUUAGCCUGUUGUGGUCCUGAUCCCCAAAAUGUCCAUAAGGGUGCUGGUACCCCUAUUGGAGAGAGUGUCCCGGUUGUUGGUACUUGUGGUUAUGUGCUGCAGCUGCUGACAUUAGUCCUUUAUGCCGCCGUCCCGGAGGGUCGGGUGGCUUGUUGUCGGGACCCUCUGCUUCUGUGUGGCUAUGGCGGGAGCCCCUGGGUCAACGGAGGUGCCAUGUAGAAGGUAAGGGGGUCCGGCCAUGUCAUGUUGAUGGGUGGAAGUUGUAGUUACGAGAUCGCUCAGGUCCUCCGGGUGUUGGACUGUAAAAAGCCCCUUUGUUGUGAUGGCCUGUAGCCCGGUCGGGAAGGUCUACCGAUACCUGAUUUUGUUGGUUUGGAGGAUUCUCGUGAGGGGCCUCAUCACCCGUCGGUAUGCCAGGGUAGGAUCAGGAUCAGGAUACAACUGUAUUUCCACUCCAUUUAGCGUCACCCUUUCUGUGCCUCGCGCUUUCUGAAGGAUCUCUUCCUUUAUUCGGAAACUGGCCAGGCACCAAAUAGUGUCCCUUGGGGGAGCCUCCGGUGGACCCCUUGGUCUCAGUGCACGGUGUGCUCUGACAAACUCGAUGUCGGUGGUCGCUGGGCAGCCCAGGAUCUUGUUGAACAUUUAUCUGAGGGUAUCUGUUAUCGGUGUGGAUUGAUCUAGGUCUUCUAGAAUGCCGCGUACCCUGAUGUUUUGGUGCCUGCCUCGGUUGUCCAGGUCUCCUCCAUGUGUAGGGCCAUUUGUGUUGUGUGGUGGUAGAUUGCGUCGGUGUUUGCAGACUUGGCGGAGGACAAGUGGUCACAGUCUGCUUCCAAUUGAGAUACUUUGGUAUGUAGACCCUGGAUGUCUUCCCGAAGGGAAUGUAGUUCCGCUGUGAUGGAGGCUCGUAGCUCCGAGUUAGCCACCUUCAGGUCUUGCCUUGUCGGGAGUGCCUGGAUCAACUGUACCCAGUCUGGUUGGGGGACCGGGGAGGUCUGGGCCUGCAUCGCCUGGCGGCCGCUUCAUGGCUUCAUCAGCGAUCUCCGAGGUGGUGGAGCCCCUCGCGGCUAUGUCUGUGGGAGUCACUAGGAAUUGCCGUAGCGAGGCGGCAGCUGUGCCCUUCGGCGUGUCGGUUGGCUUGGUUAUAUGCGAUGGUUUUCAGGUGCCGUGAUGAGGAUUUUAGCUGAACUUGUUGGGGAGCUCCGGGUUUACGCCGCCAUCUUCCUCGGCCUCCAAGCCACGCCCCCCCCCUGCGGUAUAUUUUGGUCUGUUUUCUAUUGAACAUUUAGUGUGCAUUUCUUUAAUAUUUUAGGUUGUAUAGUUACAUAGUUACAUAGCUGAAAAGAGACUUGCGUCCAUCAAGUUCAGCCUUCCUCACAUUUGUUUUUUGCUGUUGAUCCAAAAGAAGGCAAAAAAACCCAGUUUGAAGCACAAUUUUGCAACAAGCUAGGAAAAAAAUUCCUUCUUGACCCCAGAAUGGCAGUCAGAUUUAUCCUUGGAUCAAGCAGUUAUUACCCUACAUUGAAAGAUUAUAUCCUUGAAUAUUCUGUUCUUGCAAGUAUGCAUCUAGUAGCCGUUUGAACAUCUGUAUGGACUCUGAUAAAACCACUUCUUCAGGCAGAGAAUUCCACAUCCUGAUUGUUCUUACAGUAAAAAAACCUUUCCUUUGCCUUAGACGAAAUCUUCUUUCUUCCAGUCUAAACGCAUGGCCUCGUGUCCUAUGUAAAGUCCGGUUUGUGAAUAGAUUUCCACACAAUGGUUUGUAUUGGCCCCGAAUAUAUUUGUAUAAUGUUAUCAUAUCCCCUCUCAGGCGACGUUUUUCUAAACUAAAUAGGUUUAAAUUUGUUAACCUUUCUUCAUAGCCGAUAUGUUCCAUUCCUUUUAUUAAUUUUGUAGCCCGCCUCUGCACUUUUUCUAGUGCCAUAAUAUCCUUCUUUAGAACAGGUGCCCAAAAUUGCACAGCAUAUUCAAUAUGGGGUUUUACCAGUGAUUUAUAAAGAGGCAAAAUUAUAUUCUUGUCCCGAGAAUGAAUGCCCUUUUUCAUGCAUGACAAUACCUUACUGGCCUUGGCCACUGCUGAUUGACAUUGCACAUUGUUGCAUAGUUUGUUGUCUAUAACAAUUCCCAAGUCCUUUUCAUGUGUUGUUAUCCCUAAUUCGCUUCCAUUAAGGGUAUACGUUGCUUGUGUAUUCUUUACGCCGAAGUGCAUAACUUUGCAUUUUUCAACAUUAAAUUUCAUCUGCUAUUUGAGUGCCCAGUCUAUCUAAAUCCCUCUGCAGCAAAGUAAUAUCUUGCUCACAUUGUAUGUUAAUAUAUAUAUUUUUUUCUACAUAUAGGUUCGACUGAAGGACUCUUUAGUCAGCUCUCUUAAGUUCUGCAAAGCCAAGGACACUGAAUUAGCGUGGAUUGAUGGAGUUCUGGACAUGCGGGUGUCUAAGGUGGACACAGGUGUCAUCCUGGAGGAGGGAGAGUUGAAGGAUGACGGAGAGGACUCAGAAAUGCAAGUGGACGCUCCUGGAACAGAUGCCAAUAUCAUUGCUCAGCAGAAAGUGAUAAAGAGCCUCUUUGGCGAUGAUGACAAAGACUUCACCGAGGAAAGUGAGAUCAUCCCGACUCUUGAGCCAUUACCAAGUAAUGAGGUAAUUACUAGGACUGUUUUAUCCUGCUUUAUCUGUCCUUUUCAAAAUAAAUAAUGGCUCAUGUUCCAAACUCUGUCAAAGCAUUAUGCAAGCUUUAGCUCCAAAAUAACUGUCAAGCUACUUUUUCUCCACCUAGGAACUAGGAGAUUCUGAUAACCAUGGGAUCCAGCAUAUUUUAUUCCCUGUAUUUGGUAGAUCCUUUGCAUGCAAUACAGUACAGACCUUAGGGUUUGUUGUUUCAGAGAUUUCAGUAACACUGCGUACCUGUAGCCUGAAUUUUUACAUUUGUUUAUCAACUAUUCCCAUUUGAUACUUGAACAAUAAGUCACUAAAGUCCACAUGCAGACAGGUGUGUAUCUACAGAAAUCCAUCUAUCCCAUUCAGGACAAGCUUUAUGGAAGGUAUGCCCAUGUAAUUACUCUACCCGUUAACCCACGUUCAGUGAAGGGCACUUUGAAAAAUGUGUUGCAUUCCACACGUUUUCUAGAAAGUAAAGAUGAACGUAAAUUACAAGGUGUUGUGCUACAUAUUGCAUUGUGUCAGCCAGCCAGCCAGAAAUGCAUAGGGAGUCUUUCGAUAUGAUCACAUCCAUCACUGUAUUCACAUAAUGGUUGAUUUAUAUUUGUUUUCUAGGUUCCAGGACAUCAGUCUGUCUUUAUGAAUGAACCACGGCUUUCUGAUUUUAAGCAAGUUCUACUGCGAGAGGGGAUACAGGCUGAGUUUGUUGGUGGCGUGCUUAUCUGCAACAAUAUGGUAGCUGUUCGGAGGGUAAGUGUCAAAACUGACAUCUUGGGACAGAAGUUGGGAAGCUCUCUGAUUUCUCCCUAAGCAUGAAUGUUUGGACGCAAAAUGUAAAAAUAAUAGGCAAUCUAAUUAUUACAUGUGUAGGAUAUCAUUUCGUAUACAUUUUUAGAUUUGGACAGUAUUGCACAUGUAGAUAGAAUAGCUUUCUGUUAAAUGCAUACAUAUCUUCUGUGUACUCAAUUGUGAUGCCACUUCAAGUAUGCAUUGUUGCUGUAGCAGGUAAUUUGUAUGGUCAUAUCCGAUCUCCAUGCUUUGCUGGAGGGCAGCUGUAUUUCAUGAUUGGAAAUUCUGCUUUAAAGGAGAACUGUCAUUUAGCUGUAUUAAUUUAAUGUUUCUUUAUCUCCUAUAUUUGGCAAAUAUGUUUUCUUAUGUCCGAAAAAUUAAAUUAAAUGCAGAAAUCCAAUUUUCUCUAUCAUAGAACAGAGUGCCUCCAUUUUGGCACCCCGUAUUUGGCAAGCUGUGAUCAUUUGUUCUAAAGCUAGGCCUUUUCUCUUAUUCCACAAAUCAGAGAAAAGACAAACUGAAGCAGUGUUUCUGUUCUCAUUUGCAUUGUGUGCCUUGAUGAGUCUAAACUUAACUGGAAUGUGUCUCUUGCUAAAUCUUUACUAUACAUUGUAAAAGAAAAUGGAGCAACACACUGUUUUUUUUCUUUUCCUUCAAUUUGUGUGAUUUUAGUGUUGAUAGGAAGCAACCACACUUCCACAAAGCAUUGAUAAUCUACAUUUGCUAUAUUACAUGUUUUUUUUAAUAUGUACACCAAUAAAUAAAUUGUGAGUCCUUGAAAACCUGCCCUGCACUGAUAACGCUUUUGAUUUUAUAUUUAUUACCUAUUUUUAACAAAGUGUUUUUUUUUUUUUCGUUUCUCUCCCCAGACUGAAACUGGACGGAUUGGCUUAGAGGGAUGUCUUUGUGAAGACUUUUUUAGGAUAAGAGAACUUUUAUACGAGCAAUAUGCCAUUGUGUAAAGACGGUGUCAGGAAGGAGGCCUACAUUUGAGACCUUCCACGUUGGGGAACUUCACUUUUUUUAUAUUUAUUUUUAUAGUUGUAAAUGCAAGUGAAGGCAUCUUCUUGUGUCAGACGAUUGAAUGAUUGUCAAGUUUUGUAUCUCCUGUUAUGGAAACAAAACAAUUGGAUGUUCUGAAGCAAAAAAAAUCUUUAUUUUUUUUUUAUUUUUUUGAGCAUAGUUUAUAAUGUUCUCCUUUCUAGGGCUGGUUUGUAUAAAUAUUGUUUUCUACUUUGUCUGCUUGAGUUCUUUUUUUUUUGAGACAGGAUCACAAUAGUUUGUCCGAGAUGAAGGAGAUUCUACCAUGCAGAUUAACAAUGAAAAUUGUAGGCAAAGUUCGGCAUUCAUGUUCCCACUGCAGAGCCGCCAUGUUGUGUGCUUUAUAGAUUUUAUUAAUUUUAGUAAACAAAAAUUUGAAGCCUUGAAAGCUCAGAUUAGCUAACAUCUUUAUGGUAUCAAUGUAUUUCUGAAGUCAUUGUGUUUCUGUUCUUAUUCUUUUAUUUGUUAGGGUUAUUCACUAAAGUAAGAAUUGUCAGGAAUUCAAAAUUUACACCAAAAUUGUCAACCUUGGAGAGAUUUUCCAAUUUGGCUAUUUUGGCCUUAAAUGUGGAAUUCACUCAGAAUUCACUUUUGAAUUCCUCACAUUUCUCACCUUAGUAAAUAACCCUGUUAAUAUCUUUUAAAGCUGAUGUGCCGUCUAUAUUGAUGAUACAGACUAUUAGCACCUAGCAUCAUUGGGUUCCAUGGUGAUGACUCCACGUUGUCCCAGAAUUCUUCUUUUGAGAUUACUGCACUGUUUCAGGAAAUGUUGAUAAAAUAGAUCAAUUUAUAUUACUUACCUUAAAUCUUAAUCCAGGUUUAUGUUGUUGGCUGUUCACACAUAAGUAUGCUUCCUUAUUACUUUAGAGGCUAUUUAUAAACAGUUGGAUUGCAGAAAGGGUUGCGGGGAGACAGCGCCUGGAGAAUUGUUCUCAGAUCCAGUGAUAUAUGGAAUGAACAAAGAAACUUAAUAUAGUGUAGUAUCUUGGUGGAG